GGCGAGCUGAGAGAGAGAGAGAGGAGAGAGAGAGAAGAGAGAGAGAGAGAGAGAGAGAGAGAGAGAAGACAGACAGACAGACACACACACCAAACUUUGUCACGCUUGCUGCUGCACCGACGCUCAUCUCCGUAACACACCGGGACACAGAGGAAAACUUCCCCCCACGACUGGUGUUGUGCCAUUAGCCCCUGGGCCUCUCCCUCAACCUUUUCCAACUGUGUGAAGACAAGUGAAAAGAAGUUUUAAUGAAUCAGUAUUCGCUAGCCGACGCCAUGACAGACAACUUGAGGAUUUUAUAAUUCUCUCCGGAGGAAGAGCGUCGCAUCUUGUAAGGAGCCACAGAGGAAACUUCACAGUUCCGAAGUUAUCAGAGUCUAAUAUGGGAUUUGGUGUGCUGGGGGUGUUUCUGGGGCUGCUCCUAGAGGUCUCCACCCAUGGACCCCAUGCUGUGCCUCGAACGUCCUGGAGACACCAAGAUUUAGAUCUGAUGGAGUUUUCAGAGCCUGACAUCUUCAACUAUUCUACGUUGUUGCUGAGUGAGAAAAAGGAUGCACUGUAUGUGGGAGCCCGGGAGGCCAUCUUUGAGCUCAGCAAGAAGAAUGUGACAGUCAGAAACAACAAGGUUCAGUGGACAGUUGCAGAAAACCCUAUGAUGAUGUGCACGCUAAAAGGAAAAUCAAAAGAGAGGGAUUGUCUGAACUACAUUAGAGUGCUCCAAGUUGUAGACGAUGAGCGUCUGUACGUCUGCGGCACACACGCCUUUCAACCUCAGUGUGACUACUUGAACCUCGCAGACUUCUCGUUGGUCGGUCGACCUGAAGACGGCAGGGGGAAGUGCUCCUUUGACCCCUCACAAAGCUUUACUACUGUCAUGGUUGACGGAGAGCUGUACUCGGGGACAGUUUAUAACUUCUUAGGCAGUGAACCGAUUAUUUCCAGAUACUCUCCAUCGCAGUCUCUGCUGAGGACAGAGUACUCCACAUCAUGGCUCAAUGAGCCCAGUUUUGUUUUUGCCGACGUGAUUAGGGAAGGGACAAACAGAGUAGAUGGCGAGGAUGAUAAAAUCUACUACUUCUUUACUGAGGUGUCAGUGGAGUAUGAAUUCUUUGGCAAGCUGCUCAUCCCCAGGGUGGCGCGCGUCUGUAAGGGUGACCUCGGGGGGCAGCGCACUCUGCAGAAGAAAUGGACGUCCUUCCUGAAAGCUAAGCUGGUGUGCUCCAUGCCUGAGCUCAACUUCGUCUUCAACGUAGUACAUGAUGUCUUCAUCCUAAAGGGGGCAGACUUGAGGGACACGGUCAUCUAUGGGGUCUUCACCUCCCAGUGGGGUAAUGUGGGUUUGUCAGCAGUGUGUGCUUACAACAUGACAGCUGUGGAAGAGGUCUUCUCUAAGGGCAAGUACAUGCAGAAGGCCACAGUGGAGCAGUCCCACACUAAGUGGGUCCGGUACAACGGCAUCACUCCUUCUCCGCGUCCAGGAGCAUGUAUCAACAACCUGAUGCGACAGCAGAACAUUAGCAGCUCUCUCCACCUGCCAGACAAGACCCUUCAGUUUGUGAAGGACCACCCCCUGCUGGAGGAUCCCGUCCUGCCCAUUGGCAACGGGCCUCGCCUCAUCACCAAAGACGUAAAUUACACUCAGAUCGUUGUGGAGAGGGUCCGGGCGCUCGACACGAACAUUUAUGACGUCAUCUUCACUGGAACAGAUAAAGGAGUCCUGCACAAGUCAGUGGUGUUUGAAGGAGAAGUGCAUAUUGUGGAGGAGAUCCAGCUCCUGAAGAACUCUGAGUCAAUCAAGAACCUGCUGUUGUCCUCUGAGACACGAUCCCUGUACGCUGGUUCAGACUCGGGCGUAGUCCAGUCACCCACGGCCUUUUGCGGCAGGUAUCUGUCCUGCGAUGACUGUGUCCUGGCUCGUGACCCGUACUGCGCCUGGGACCCGCACACUGCAGCCUGUGUCAACAUCUUUGAUGUUCCCAGCCAACAGCAUGGGAGGCUAGUCCAAAACCUGAAUGGUGACGCAGACAAGUGUCCUUCAGUGUCAGGUCGGUCUCUGAAGGACUACCAUAGUGUGAAAGUGAAACCGGGGAGCUCUGCCGAGCUGCCAUGCCUGGUGCGCUCCAACCUGGCCCAGGUGAUGUGGAAAUCCAAUGGCUCGGUUCUCACUGAGGCCUCUCGCUUCCACCUCAUAGGCGAAAAUGGUCUCCUUAUUUACAGCGUGGCUCCAGAGGAUCAAGGUCGCUACGAGUGUUGGUCCGUGGAAUGGGCCCCCGCCGCUGGGAAGAACUUCAGCCGCCUCCUGGUGGCAUACGUCCUGACUCUGGAUCUCCCACCCAGACCCCCGCACCAGACAGGCCACGUGACCACCACCCUCGGCAGCCAGGAGACAUCUAGCGCACACGCAGCUGAAGGUAAUAGCAAGACAGACAGAGCCACACUAACUUCAGCCCUCGCCCCUCCCAGCUUCACAGCCACAGUCCAGUUCACCUCCCCACCCCAAACUGACUCAUCACUAACCCCACCCCCCAGCAGCACAAUCAAGUUCCAACAUCUGCCCCCGAGCUCUAGCACUCCUCGUCCAGGCAGCCAGGACCCAGCGGCUGAGUAUUUGCAGCACAACAACAGCACCGCCCUCCUCUUCCUCUUCCUCCUGUUUUUCCUCCUCUUCCUGGCCGCACUGGCGUACAACUGCUACAUGCAGUACCUCCCAGCCCCCUGCCUGCGGCUGCGAGCUGCUCUGCUGGGCAGUCACAAGAGCGCCAAUCAGCCCGAGUAUCGGGCCUGUGAAGCAGGUCUAAUGGAAGCGUCUGCAACUGACAAAAUUAACAUGACGGAGCAGCCGACGCAAAACGGCAGCCAAGCCACUCAAAACCUCCGGGCUCUCCGUGACACUGGGUACGAGACCGAGCCAGAGUGCGGCAAUGGUCGGAUCCCGUCUCACGGCUUUGGAGACGACAGCCCCUCCCAGGAGAAACCCUUCGAUGUGGACUGUGAAUCUCAGCCCAUCCAGUUUGCAGAUGCAGAUGAACCUUACUGCUAGCCAGAAGCCUCUGUUCUGCUUUUGUUUUUCCUAGCAUAGAGACUAUUUAUAGGGGGUCACGCUCUUGCUGCAUCUUCCCACAACAUAUAAGUCUAAGUGGUUUCCUCCUAUGUAAAAGUAUGUUAAGUGUACAGCAUCAGAUGAAGUUUAAUCAUUAUAAUGCUAAAGUCAGGCGCCCCACUUGCCUGUAGAGAUUUAAAUCCUGCUGUCUGAUUUAGGGCUAAUGAUGAUAAAGCAAAAACUGUAUCCACGGAAGCUGCCCCCUCUCAGCUUAGUCCAGCAAGAAAAGCUAUUUCUUAAAUUCCAAAUUGGAAACAUUGUUUACCAAAUUGGUAAGUUACCUUGAUGUUUUCCAAAUUGGAGUUAUGUUCUUGUACAGCCUGGGUGAGAAAUAAUCUCUUGAAGCUUUUGCUUAAUUUUUUUUUUCUUUUUUCGAAGCAAUGUGUAGGCUAUUGGACAUGGGUAAAUGCUUCAACAUUAUAUUCAUUUCUCAGGGAAGAUUUGCUCAGUACAUCAUAGCCUGGCUUUGUUGUACAGUGUUGCCAUCUGCAGCACCUGGUAUGUGGGCCUUAAUCUCACCCAGUGUGGUGGCAAUGUAGGGUUUGAAGGUCAGAAAAAGAGAAAAACAAGUGGACAAGCGACGAACUGCGCAUUAGAAAAAUGCUGGUAUAAAUCCAACCACUGUCUGUGGAGUUGUCUAAAGUGACAGUGUUGAGUUUCUCUGUAUUUUCUUUUUUCGCUCCCUGUGAAUUCGACAUUCCUACAUGGUGACAACUCCGACGGUUCUGUGUAUUAACCUCUACUAGUCAUCUUCGCUGUGGUCUGUUAAUAACAUAAAUAUGUUCAGAAUGACACGAUGUUUGGUGAUAUCCAUCAUCACUUGUUCUUUUUCUAAAAACAGCCCUGGAAACAAUCUGAAGUUAUUUUUAAAGUUUUAGAACAUUUUCAGAGAAUUAUUAUUUAAGAUGAGUCACGUCUGUGGUAAUAUCAUUUUUGUCUAUUGUGUAAGUAGUCGUGAUCUUCCUCCUUUUUGUUUUUUAUUUUAUUUAUUGCAGCCAAUUUUGUUUUUAGAUCCUAGCCCUCAUUUAUUAGUCUCCCCUCUGUCUGUUUUGCAUGUCAUCCCCUUGUUUAGAUUUCCUAUUUUCCUCAAUACUGUCUUUUUUCCAUCAC